CCAGCUGAAGAUCUAAAGAAGCAAUCACCAACUCAAGAUCCUAUAGAUCACGUGACCUUUUGGGGCCACCAUGAUGUACAAUAGUUACAGGUUGGGUGCAGGGUUAAAAAAUGGAUCUCCAAACAAGGAGUGAAUGAUAGAUUGUCAUUUUUACUCUCCCAAUUGAUGUGUAAAUGUGAAUAGCUUUACAAGUUUCUGAGAAUGCUGUUUAUCCCGAACAGUGUUCUGGUCUUGCACUUGAAAUAAAGCAGUUCUCAUCCAAGUUACUUAGAAUUACAUUUAAUUGUCAUGAGGCAGAGACGUUGUAGGGUAGGAAAUUACUUGUGCAUUCAGUUACAGAUGUAGGAAGCAAGCCCUAGAAUAUAUCAAUGCAUUUUCUUGAGCAGCCUUUGCAAGCUAUUUUUGCAGCCUAUUAACAGUUCAGUGGCAGACAUACAAACAAGGACUACUUCAGCGUUUUGAAGCAGUAACACUAAGAUCUAAGGCCGGGGAAACAUAUGAAGCAGAAUCUAAGCGUUAAGCCAUUUCUUUCAGUAAAUAAAAUGCAUUCGGCGGCCUCAAACACCACUCCGUCCGAUCAUCCCGUAUUUGAGCCAAACAAGUUACCGAAGACCAAAAAUACAUAAACAAAUAAAUCCUAGACAACGCCGGUAACACAUAUAGCGGACUUUAAAGGAUGUGGACAAUCAUCUAGGUUAGGAUUACAGCAGAUUAAACUACACACUGUUGCGUCUAUUAAACAGGAUGCGCCAUUCCUACCUUGGCUGAAAGGAAAAAGAAUUAACAUCCGGGCAACGCACGUUUAAGAACCUGCCGUGCUACGUCACAGCCGCCGCGGGGAACUCUGGGAAACGUAGUUUAACAUUCUGUUACUACUCCAAAGACAGAUAGAAGCGGUAUAGCAAUUCCAUCAAAUGAUGCGUUAGUACCACCGCCCUUAUUAAGCGGCUGGCCCUCUAGCUGACAGUUAAAAACACAAAUCAUUACACUAUCUUGCCAUCCAAUGAAGCCGGAAGUGAUGAAAUAAAGACCCGCUUGCACCCACAAGCUACAUACAGAAAAUUUCAUCAAAAAUCGUAGCCAACACAGAUAUCAUUCCCGAAUAUAGUACUCCCUGCUCAAGUUUCUUGGUGUAAUUUUGGUUAGCAGCUCUAUAGCACAACAAUUCCCCAUCUACGCGACUUGGCGCUGUCUAAUGACGUCAUCCGUCGCGGACCAGGCAGUGUUGGUUGUAGUGUUUGAGGCCUCCAUGGAGCUAACACUCGAAUAAACGUUCUAAAUCAGCCACCGACUAGGAGAGAAGGGGUAUACGCGGCGGGUCACUCUGUCCCAAAGAAGCGCACAAAGGGGGCGAUCUAGAGCGUGAAUGAGUGGGGGUCACAGCAGGAGCUGGGCGCAUACAAUGACAUCCAGGAGGUGGUUUCACCCUAAUAUCACUGGUGUUGAAGCAGAAAAUUUACUCCUGACGAGAGGAGUGGAUGGAAGUUUCUUGGCUCGCCCCAGUAAGAGCAAUCCAGGAGAUUUCACAUUGUCUGUGAGGCGGAACGGAGCUGUGACACACAUAAAAAUCCAGAAUACUGGGGAUUACUAUGAUUUGUAUGGUGGGGAAAAGUUUGCAACAUUGGCUGAACUUGUUCAGUAUUAUAUGGAACACCAUGGGCAACUGAAAGAAAAGAAUGGUGAUGUAAUUGAACUGAAAUAUCCUUUAAACUGCGCAGACCCAACAUCUGAGAGGUGGUUUCAUGGGCAUCUCUCAGGGAAGGAAGCAGAGAAGCUGUUGACAGAGAAAGGUAAACAUGGAAGCUUUCUGGUACGGGAAAGCCAAAGCCAUCCUGGAGAUUUUGUCCUUUCUGUACGGACAGGUGAUGAUAAAGCAGAAAGCAAUGAUGGAAAGUCCAAGGUGACACACGUCAUGAUACGAUGCCAGGACGUCAAAUAUGAUGUUGGAGGGGGAGAGAAAUUUGACUCUUUGACAGAUCUUGUGGAACAUUAUAAAAAGAAUCCUAUGGUAGAGACUUUAGGAACUGUACUGCAGCUAAAACAGCCACUGAACACAACCAGGAUUAAUGCUGCAGAAAUUGAAAGCAGAGUAAAGGAACUUAGCAAACCAGCUGAGACUGCAGAUAAAUUUAAGCAAGGAUUUUGGGAAGAAUUUGAGACUCUACAGCAGCAAGAAUGCAAACUGCUGUAUAGCAGGAAAGAGGGACAGAGACCAGAGAACAAAAACAAGAACAGAUACAAAAAUAUAUUACCUUUUGAUCACACAAGGGUUGAGCUUCAUGAUGGGGACCCCAAUGAACAGGUCUCUGAUUACAUCAAUGCCAACACUAUUAUGCCUGAAUUUGAAACAAAAUGCAACAAUUCCAAAGCCAGGAAAAGCUACAUUGCUACACAAGGCUGCCUACAAAAUACAGUGAAUGAUUUCUGGAGAAUGGUGUUUCAAGAAAAUUCCAGAGUUAUUGUCAUGACCACAAAAGAAGUUGAAAGAGGAAAGAGUAAAUGUGUGAAGUACUGGCCAGACGAGUUUGCUUUAAAGGAAUAUGGGGUUAUGCGUGUGAGAAAUGUUAAAGAAACUCCAGCUCAUGACUAUAUAUUAAGAGAGCUUAAGCUUUCCAAAGUUGGGCAAGGGAACACAGAAAGGACAGUAUGGCAAUACCAUUUUAAAACGUGGCCAGAUCAUGGUGUCCCAACUGACCCUGGUGGAGUCUUGGACUUUUUAGAGGAAGUGCACCACAAACAAGAUGGUAUCACUGAUGCUGGGGCUGUUGUUGUUCAUUGCAGUGCUGGAAUUGGACGGACAGGAACCUUUAUUGUGAUUGAUAUUCUUAUUGAUGUAAUUAGAGAGAAAGGUGUUGAUUGUGACAUAGAUGUCCCCAAGACUAUUCAGAUGGUGAGAUCUCAGAGGUCAGGAAUGGUUCAAACAGAAGCACAAUACAGAUUUAUAUACAUGGCAGUACAGCACUAUAUAGAAACAUUGCAGCGCAGAAUUGAAGAAGAACAGAAAAGUAAGCGAAAAGGUCACGAGUACACAAACAUUAAAUACUCACUCUCUGAGCAGGCAGGAGAUCAGAGCCCUCUACCCCCUUGUACACCAACCCCAUUACCAACGCCUACCCUUCCAGAGAUGAGAGAAGAUGCUGGCAGAGUAUAUGAAAAUGUGGGACUCAUGCAACAACAGAAAAGCUUCAGAUGAAGAUGUGUAGAAUAGAGCGUACAUCGCUGUGACUGACUUGAAAACUGAGCAAAAGGCAAGAGAAUGUGAAGAAAAGCAAUGGGAAUAAUCACAUCUGACUUUUUAAAGGCUUAUUUCCUUUAAACAAAUGGUGUCAGCUCCCAAAACUACAAAUAUAUUUAGGCUCAAUCUGGAAAUCCUUCUUGUCUUCUCUGCAUCACCCGACAUGGACUGGUUCAUUCUUCAUAUUGAGGCAUCUUCAUCUCUACAGUGUAGACAUGUAAUUUGUAGUCCAACAAUAGGACUGUUAUCCAGAAAAAUCUGUUCUCUUUAAAGUGCUCCUCGUUAAGGUAUCGUGACUGCUAUCGUUGGACCUUAACAAGCUGAUUUAGAUGGUAAAACCUGAAUGCAUAAUGGGAACAAUUUCUUCUCUCAACUGCACAAUGUAUUUAAAAGAACAUAUUGUCAUAAGAAUUUGUAGUUUGUAGCUGAAACUCCAGUUUCUUUUCAUUAGAUGUGUCAGAAGGGAGAUGUUAUCAAAUAUAUAUAUAUAUAUAUAUAUAUAUAUAUAUAUAUAUAUAUAUAUAUAUAUAUAUAUAUAUAUAUAUAUAUAUAUAUAUAUACAUACACACACUUCUAUCAAUUUCCACUAAGUAAAGGUGCUCUUUUAUUUUUCUGAACCAUUUUCCCGUUCAACAAGAAGCCAGAAACAAAUUUUAUAUGGACAGAAAUGUAAGCAUAGUGCCAAUAACGAAUGUUCUAGAACACAUAACUGCUUCAGUGGUCUGUAUUAUGUACUGAUCACACCAAGUUUUCACAGGGGUAGAUAUGCAGGAAAAUAAAAUGGAAGCAUUUAGAUGCACUUUAAUAAAAUCUUCAUCUCUAGCCCAUAUGGUAGCUCUCAAGUCAGUGUAGACAACUGUGAUAAUGGAAAUCUUAAUAAGCAAGAGGACCUUGCAUCACUCUCACCUUUUGUGUUUUCAGUGAAUUACAGUACUCCCUUAUCAUUGCACUAUAUAAUAUCUUGAAAGUAUCUUGGGGAAAAAAAAUCAUAUGUUCCAAUGGCAGGAUCUUCUUUAAGCUUUCCCUUAAAGUGCCUUUAAAGUCACGUUCGUGUCAUCUGGCACCUGCUUCAGCAUAUGAGGUUUCUCUGCCUGCUGUUCUCCGAACCCCAUAACGUGAAUUCAUUCACUCUUUCAGUAUUCAUGUAUACUAACAUAUUCUGCUAUUAGUGGGAUUGUCAACCUGUGUCUCUCAAGCCCUGAUAAACAGCACCCAACAUCCUCUGCCUGUUCAGGAUCAGAAGAGGAACAACUGGAGGGCCACAGAUUUGUUAUCCAUCCACUGAUUUUAUUCUGCUGGUGCUUCAUCAUCUUUUAUUUCUUCUGUGUAACAUAUACCAUCUCUCUGCUACUCUUUUACUGCUUCUAUGGCCACUUUGCCUUUCCUCGUUACAGUGCAUAGUUCUGAUAUUUGGAGCUCAGCAGCCCAAGGCUUGUGAGACUUGAACUUUAUUGUGCCCAAGUUUCUAUAACAGACACCCACCUAAUGUAAGGAUCUGCAGCACAAUGUCAAGACAAUAUACAUUCACCAAGCCAAAUAGCGACCCGCCUCUCUGUGCAGUGUUAUUAGUGCAGUCAAAUUGCAUUUGCAAAUGUGUAAGUGAUGAUAAUGAGAGUGUUGGGUUCUUAAUUACACAGGCUGAGUUAAUAUUCUGUAUAGUUCAUACUAUGUUAUGCAAGAUCAUAAAUCAUGUAUCAGUGCAUUUAUUUUAAGGAAACACUGUAUUUAAGCCAUAUGCACUCGAAUUUUAAUGUGCAGAGUUGUCAAGUGUAGCGAUAACAGUUCUUUAUCUGUGUAACUGCAGUCAAGAGUAUUCACUUCUGUUUUGUAUGUUCUCAGCUGCUUGUAUUGCAGUAGUAGAGAUUCAGAUGUAUCCAGCCAGAAAACAUUUAGCUAGCCAGAACCAUGUGCUGGACUUUGAGUGCUUUUUUUUUAGCUGAUCCAAAAUCAUAUCUCUAUGUGAAAUGCCAAAUGAAUGUUUCUAUGGAUAUUGGUGCUCAUGGCUUUUUUUUUCUUUAUUUUUAUUUUUUUUUACCCAGAAUGGCUUAUGAGGCAUUGAAGAACACUGUUUAGGUUAGGGUCUUGAUUUAAAGGGAAAAUUAAAUAUUUUUAAGAUA